CGAUACAUCGUGCUUUUGGGGAUGCGAUACGUAUAUAUUUCCUUCUGAUAAAAGGGAACUUCCCGAAACUUCAAUCUUAAUGUCCGUGAUAUUUUGUCAUGUUUACAAUGGCGGCGCAGGCAUCUCAAGUUAUCUUUAUAUUGUUUGUGAUUUAUAUUCAAGAAAGUGAUUCCAAAUGGCCAUGCCCGAAACAUUUCUGUACUUGUACGGCGAGAGUAGCGUCUUGUGAGAAACAUGGUAAGCGUUUACGGUACAUCCCACAACUCCCAGAGAAAACAGAAGUUUUAAAAUUCACAGGAAAUUUUCUUCCAUCUGUCGACCAGGACACACUACAUAACAUAACAAAACUCCGACUCAAGGAGCUGAUUCUUGGGGGAAAUCAAAUCGGGAACAUUUCCAGUAAUGCCUUUGAAGUUUUUCCGGGGCUAACAUUCUUGGACCUUAGCGGAAAUCAGAUUCCUGUAUCAAUCCUGAAGAAGAGUUUUCACGGUCUGCGGCACAGCAAACUAAAGAAGUUGUAUCUGAUUGAGAUGGCCCUUCCGAACCUUCCGAAGGAUAUGUUUAGCCAUAUGGGGAAUGUGUCUUCACUGGAGGGAAUCUCUCUAAAUAGUAAUAAUCUACAAAGUUUUGAUAGUCGGGUGUUCUCAAGCUUACCAAGACUGAAAUACAUUGGUCUCAAUAACAAUCGAAUUACAAAUACGAGCCUUAAAAGUGCGCAUCUCUUGAAAGUUAUUCGACUUCGUUUUAACAAAAUAACCCAUAUUCCAACAUUUUGUAAUGCGGGAAUAUCCCUUGUUCCAAAAUUACGAGUUCUUGAUUUAGGCCAAAACAAAAUAACUGAUAUAGACAAAGACAACUUCCGAGGUAACUGUCUUCCAAAACUUCGAAAUCUAACGUUGGAUGGAAACUACUUCUGGGUUAUUCCAAACAACACAUUUUCAGAUCUGCCAUCUCUAGUCCGCCUAUCUUUCCAGUAUUUACUCUCCAACAAUAUCGUCUUUGAAACUACCUGUUUCAAUAGCUCUUCUUUGCGUCUUCUUUACAUCGCCAACCACAUGAAUAUGUUUCCAGACGCACAUUCUGGACCACCACAGCCUGUGUCAGAUUAUAAAAACAUUUUUCGAUACUGUCGUGGAUUAAAUGUAUUGGACAUGACAAAGAUUCGACUGACCACUUUCAAUGGAGUCAAGCUUUUCGAGCUUCUUCAUCAUUUGGUCAAUCUAACCAAAUUGAUUCUUCAAAGCACUUCCGCUUUGACGCUUCCAGAAAACUUGUUUUCAAGGAUGCCCUUUUUGUGUUCGUUGAAUCUGAAAAACUGCUUGCUGAGCACAUGGAGGAGUGGGGUUUUUCAAAAUGUGUCGUCAAUUAAAACGCUCUUUCUUGAUCACAACGAAAUUGCGAUAAUCAACAAGACCUCUUUCCCUCCCGUAUUUCUAAAAGGCAUAAAGGAACUGUCAUUGGGAAGCAACCCCUACCUUUGUACGUGCGAUUUAGUUUGGUUCCGGGAAUGGAUUAAGAAUAAUACGAAGGUGCUCAUGUUAUGGCCGUAUACUUAUAAGUGUAAAUCGCCCCAUGAAUGGGCAGGGAAAACCCUAUCAAAGUUCAGCUUGUCGUAUUCGUACUGUCAUCCACUGAAUCCGUAUGUAAUUGCUGCUGUGAGUGUGUGUGUAGCUUUGGUGAUAAUCGUCAUUGUUGGUAGUUUGGUGUAUCACUAUCGAUGGCACAUCAAAUAUUACGUAUAUCUAAUACGUGCUAAGAAACUGGGAUAUGAACGGUUACCCGGUGAGGACGAUUUCCUCUAAGACGUAUUCAUUGCAUAUCACUCGAAUGACCACGUCUGGGUCAUAUCGAAGUUGAUUCCAUGUUUAGAAAAGAAAGAAAAUCUUCGACUGUGCCUCCAUGACCGAGAUUUUGAAGUUGGAAAAUUAAUCAUUGACAAUAUCAUCGAGAAGAUCAACGGAAGUCGAAAGGUGGUCUUGUUGUUAACUAACAACUUUGUUCAGAGCCAUUGGUGCAAGUUUGAGAUGAUGAUGGCACAGACUCGGCAAGUGGAGGGCGACAGGGGGUCUCUUCUUGUUGUGAUGUUGGAGAAUGUUGACACCAGAAACAUGUGUAACUCGUUACAUGUUCUACUGAAAACAACGCCUUUCUUAGAGUGGCCAAAUGACACGUCUGCAAGCGAACUCUUUUGGGAAAGAUUUGUUACAUUCGUCAAGUCAUAAGAAUAAACACUUUUAUGCAGGGUUUUUUUAUGCCCCCGAGAUCGAAGAUCGGGGGGGGGGGGGGGGGGGGGUA